AGCCCAUCAAAAUGCUCCAUCUCAGAACUCAGAAGUAGCAAUAACAAAAAAAACCUUGUCCGUCUCAGCUUCCCCAUGGAAUCUCCAGCGCUACAAUUUUUGGCGAGGUUUGCCGCCGCCGGCGAGAUAUUACUUGUUAAAGUAUCAGAAACGGAGAAGCAACUUCGUAAUCUUCAAUCAAAAAGAGAUGUGGGGAAAGACCGAAGUGGAAGUAAUGACCGGUCUGAAACAGGAUGCAACAGAGAGGUCAACAACAACUCUUGGGGAGCUUCUGGUCUUGUUUCCUUCGGUGCCCAAAACGCCGUUGCUAUUUUCUGCCCAAAGACAGCCCAGAUUCUUACAACGCUUCCAGGUCAUAAAGCUUCUGUGAAUUGCACUCAUUGGUUACCCAGUUCCAAGUUUGCUUUCAAAGCCAAGGAUUUGGACCGGCAUUAUCUGCUCUCAGGUGAUACCGAUGGAAUCAUCAUCAUUUGGGAACUUUCUACUGUCUGUCAAUAACAAUAGUGGAGACAUGUACGACAACUACCACAGUCUCACAAGAAAGGUGUAACUUGCAUCACUGCUUAUAUGGUUUCUGAAACCGAUGGUGCUUCUUCAGAUGGAGUUGUGAACCUCUGGGAAGUUUCUUUUCCGUCUCAGUCUAGUGACGAGUGUAAGGUUCUGUGUCUGGACACUCUCUCUGUUGACUCAAAAGCAAUAGUGACGCUUUCGUUAGCUGAGUUGCCACUGAGUCCUGGACGAUUUGUCCUCGCCAUGGGCGGAUUGGACAACAAAAUAAACUUUACUUCUGUUUGUGAGCUUAAAGGCCACACGGACUGGAUCCGGAGUUUGGACUUCUCAUUACCGUUACACUCAACAGAAGAAGCCACCAGUAGUAUCAUGCUUGUGAGUUCUUCACAGGACAAAGUCAUUCGGAUUUGGAAGCUUGUGUUACUCGGUGAUGUUGGCUCAUGGCAAAGAGAGAUCACUCUAGCUUCUUACAUUGAAGGUCCAGUUUUCGUCUCAGGGACGUUUACUUAUCAGAUCUCAGUCGAGUCUGUUCUCAUUGGACAUGAAGAUUGGGUGUACUCCGUGGAGUGGCAACCUCCGGUCACUGGCCACCAGCCGCUGAGCAUUCUAUCUGCUUCAAUGGACAAAGUGAACUCUGGAAGAGAAGAUCAGCUUGCGUUUCAUACUUUAUGGCCGGAAUCUCAUAAAUUCUAUGCUCAUGGUAAUGAACUCUUUUCUCUCUGCUGUGACCACAACGGAACCCUUGUUGCUUCAUCCUGUAAGGCUCAGUCUGCAGCCAUGGCGGAGAUAUGGCUAUGGGAAGUUGGGACAUGGAAAGCUGUUGGUCGUUUGCAAUCUCACAGCUUGACAGUGACACACUUGGAGUUCUCGUACAACGACACUCUGCUCUUGUCUGUCUCCAGAGAUAGUCACUUCUCAGUGUUCUCUAUCCAAAGAACAGACAAUGGCGAGGUUAGUCACAAAGUCAUGGCAAAGGUUGAAGCACACAAGAGGAUCAUCUGGGCAUGUUCAUGGAACCCGUUUGCAACUUCAUCAAGAGACAAGACUGUGAAGAUCUGGUCCGUUGAGAAAGACGCACGCAUCAAACAGGUUCUUGCCUUGCCUCAGUUUGGGAGCAGUGUUACUGCCGUGGCUUGGACGGUAUUAGACCACAAGAAUAAGAGCGGCUGCAUAGCCGUUGGGAUGGAGAGGGGACUGAUAGAGCUGUGGAACAUAAAGAUUAAAGAAACAAAGGAAGAAGGUACAACAGAAACUGCAGCUCUUGCUCUGAGGCUGGAACCGUUCAUGUGUCAUGUCUCAGCUGUGAACCGGUUAGCAUGGAGACCAACAUUACCAAAACUCUCAUUCUCUAAGCAUCACUGUACUGUUUAUGCAAAUAGCUAUGUAGAAAUAUUCUACCACAUCAAUUUUUCUUCAUUGCAUUAAAGUUUAAAACAGCUCUAGUCAGGUCCAGUUUUGUGCCAAGAAUGAACAAAUGCUCAAGCAAGUGACUAAAUCAUUGAUGAGGAAUCAAACAACAUCUUAUGGUUAUAACAGGAAGCCAGGAGAAGCAUAAAAAUACCCAUGGACAAAAAGUUUUGAAUAGUUCAGCUGAUAGCCAAAAAAAGUUUGUGAAACGGAGAAUCCAUCUUGAGAACUGGGGUGGGUAGGCGAUUGAUCAUAUAAGUGGCAGUUUCAGAUGCUGAUAGAUAUCAAAGAGCUUACUUCCAGAAGAAGAAAAGUCAAGAAGCAGAGGCUGACGUGGCUGGAGCCUGGAAUCGAUUUACAAGAUUUUAAAGAGCGAAGUUGGAACUUCUGAAUCAACUAGAGGCUUUGCCGUUAUUGGAGAGAGUUGUGAAUGAGCUGAAGUUCGAAGUUAAAUAAGGAGUCUGUAAUUCAUUUGUAUUUUCUUAUGCUUGAUGUUGUUUGUUAGAGACGUUAUGAGUCUUUACUCCACAGUCGUGAUGAGACUGGUGAUUUGAUCUGAAUUUGUCAUGAGAGCUUAGAUCGAUUCACACUCAAGCUGUAAUACAUUUGUUCAUUGAUAA